AUGGACCAAGCCUCAGAGCAUAUAGCUACGUACUUUGCACAUGCAAAGCAAUCGUGGGAUGAGCAUGGAUUCGCACGAAUUGACGCAUUGUCGUUUUUACUGGGGUCUGCAACUACAAUUUUGUUUAUUUUACUAGAGCCAGUAAUUAGGGCACUUAUAGGCGGGGUGCUGGUGAGCAUAUUGACACUAUUAAAAUACGCCGUGUGUUUAGGGGGGAUUGUGGUGUGUGGGGUUAUCUUAGUAUCCAAAAAACCGAUAGCGGGAUUGGCAUCAAAACGCAUCACAGAUGAGAGUCCGGAGCCCAACGCUCGAGAGCAGUUUGUGCAACGAGCCACAGACGACUUCGAUAUCGUGGGAUAUAAGGAGUCCCAUCAAACUCUGGAUAAACAACCUCGGAAAGCCCGCAAAACCAGGCCUACGGAUACAACCUAUGAAAGUUUUGUAAGGCAAGCAGCAAGUCGUUGA